AUGCGCUUCGUGGUCAGCCCGCCACCGCGCCGCUCGGUCGGCGACACUGUCGGCGCGAGCCUCUCCGUCGGCGCGCGGCCCGGAGGCGUCACCGUGGGCCACCCUGGGUACGCAUCGCCGUGCACCGGCGUGAGGCUCGCUGGCGGCGAGGGCGUGGUGGUGUCUUCCGAUCCCUUGCAGCAGACCAUGUCGCGGGCUGGUUCCUCGGCUCUCGUCUACGGCCCCGAGCCGCUCGAGCAGGCCGCCUUCCAGGCCGCGGCCGCGGCGCAGCAGCAGCACCUCCUCCUGCAGCAGAGCCUGUCGCGGGCUGGGUCGGCCCUGGUGUGCGGUGCGGGCCUGGGCGCUGAGACGCACGUCAGCGCCACCAGGCCGCCGAUGCAGCUGUCGAGCUCGGUGCCGGCCCCGACGUACCUGCACGGCCCCCUGCGGGAGCAGCGCAUCUACGCGAUGUCCGUCGCGGGCAGCGGCGCCCUGUACUCCCUGCGCGUUUACCUGAAGGGCGGCUCCGUCACCCUGACGGAGGUCAGCGGGGCCACCAGCCUGGAGGCCCUCGGCGACGCCGAGCCCGCGCCGGGCGGCGCCCCGCCGCCCCCGGCGCCCCUGCCUGCGCAGGUCCUCGAGCUCGACCCGGAGAAGGGGCAGACCCUCGAGGAGCCCGACGACGGGUCCGACUCCGAGUCCGACGGGGGCGGCGACACCCACGCCGGCGAGGCCGAGGGCGAGGUGCUGCGCCCGAGCGUGGCCUCGCUGGGCGGCCAGGCGCCGCUCGCCGCGCCGCCGCCGGAGAGCCUGGCGGAGGCCGUGGACGCGCCCACGUGGCAGCUGGCGUGCCGUGCGCUGGGCAUCGACGCCCAGGAGGGGCGAGAGAUCUACAGCAACGCCCAGGAUGACUUCCACGGCGACGCGUCCGAGGGACUGCCCGUCAGGUGCUUCAUGCAGGAGCUCAAGCUCGACUCCGAGGACGGCGAGGGCGUGGCGCACCUGCUCCGCGCGGUGGCAGACGCCAAGGCGAUGCUGGCGCAGGGAGAGGCCGGCGAAGACGCGGGUGGGCCCGCGCCGGCGCAGCGCGCGGCCAUGCUCACCAUGUUCGACAAGGUCGUCCGGGCCCUCGACCAGAGCGAGAGGCCAGCCGAGGACGCGUGGAAGCUGGUCGAGGAGGGCAGCGUCUUCAUGUCUAAGGUCGAGGAGGCGGAGGCGGCCGCCUGGCGCGGGCACGAGGAGGCCUUCGUGGCGCGCGUGCAGCGCUACAAGGUGCAGCCGCCCGUCGUGAACGCCACCGCAGGCCAGGCGGUCUGCACCCAGCGCUGCAUGGCGGAGGUCGCCGCCAUCGUCGAGAGGUGCGAGGCCGCCGGCGAGUGCUUCGUCGACCCGGAUUGGAACAUGCAGGAGGACCCCGCCAAGGUGCUGUACGUGGACCGCGCGGCGCCCGGAUUCGACUGCACCGUCGCGGAGCCCGCGGGCUACAAGAGGCUGCCCGCGAUCGUGAAGGCCUCGGGCGGCGAGGCGAUGUCGGCGAUCGGCUCGCUCUUCGGCGGCAUGGGCGGGGGCGCCAGGAUGAGCCAGCCCCAGCCCGCAUCUGGCAGAUCCGUGCUGGUGAGGCUCGUGUCCGCGGUGGUCGCGGAGAAUCUGUUCGAGGUGAACUUCAACAUCAACGCCCUGCAGGAGCAGCUGGCGGAGGUCCAGGACAGGCUGGCCUCCCUGGAUGCCGCCGCCGCCCCCGCGGCCGGGGCGGGGGCGGGCGACGAGCCGCUCCGUGGCAGGGUGGCGUCCCUGGAGAGGGCCGCGGCUGCCGCGUCCAGGGCAGUCGAGGAGCUGCGCGCUUCGCCGCAGGGGGAGGCCAAGGUCACCCCUGUCCCCCAGCAGCCGGUGACGUACUACGACUUCUGGGAGCUGGAGGAGAAGGUGAGGGCGCUGACCUCCCAAGUGGCUACCGCGGAGAUCUCCCAGAGCAUGCCCAGCGCGGAGUCCCUGCUCAAGAAGUUCGGCGACGUCGAGGAGGAGCAGGCCUCCAUCAGGGAGAGCUGCGACGCCGUCCAGGGGCAGGUCGAAACGCUGGAGGAGCAGAUAGAGCACUGGCGCAUCGGCUGGGCCAUAUUCGCUCUCAGCGCCCUCAACCUCAAGGAGAGCGACAGGAGAGACUGCCUGAGGCGCCUCAAGGAGGAGGAGGAGCGCCUGAGGCGGGCCAAGCUCGGCCUGGCGCCCAGUCCCGAGGCGAGCCCCGGCAACAUCUCCCGCGCCAGUUCCUGGGGCCUCCCGACGACGAGAACACCCCGCGCAGGCAUCACGGCCCCCCCCGUCCUGAACAGCAGCAGGCGCCAGGUCCACGCGCAGCCAGGGCCACAGCCGCAGUUUCACACGUAG